AGAAGAGGGAGAGGCGUUCCGAGUGAAAGAGGAGGAGGAUGUUACAGUAAAAGGGGAGGAUGAAGCAGUUUAUGGAGUGAAAGAGGAGGGGGAGAUGACUGUUACAUCGGAAGAGGAGGAGGAAACUGGAUAUCUCGGCCUAGUUUCCCAAACGCAUCUUAAGGCAUCCAAUGGUUCUAACAAUGAAUUUAGCAAUAAAAUGGUUUUGAGAAACCGUUCCCGGAUUAACACUAGAGAGAGACGGGACUAUUGUGGAUCCUCUGGGGAUCCUCAACAACCUCAUGAUGCUGACGGGGCAGAGAAGAGUCUCUCCAGAUCAGAACACCUCAGGAAACGCCUGCAGAGACCAACAGAGAAGAGAACUCACUGCUGCUCUGACUGUGGGAAGAGAUUCACCUCAUCAGGCAUUAAACUUCAUCGGAGAACACACACAGGAGAGAAACCUUACAGCUGUGUUCAAUGUGGCAAGAGUUUUGGUCAAUCUGGCCAUCUGACUCAACAUAGGAGAAUACACACAGGGGAGAAACCUUAUAGCUGUGAUCAAUGUGGGAAGAGUUUUGGUCAAUCUGCAGAGCGGACAGUGCACCAGAGAACACACACAGGAGAGAAACCUUACAGCUGUGUUCAAUGUGGGAAGAGUUUUGUUCGAUCUUGCCAUCUGACUCAACACAAGAGAAUACACACAGGAGAGAAAUCGUUUAGCUGUGAUCAAUGUGGGAAGAGUUUUGGUCACUCUGGAGAGCUGACAGUGCACCAGAGAGCACACACAGGAGAGAAACCUUACAGCUGUGUUCAAUGUGGGAAGAGUUUUGGUCGAUCUGGCCAUCUGACUAGACACCAGAGAAUACACACAGGUGAGAAAUCUUACAGCUGUGUUCAGUGUGGGAAGAGUUUUGGUCAAUCUGGCCACUUGACUCAACACCAGAGAAUACACACAGGAGAGAAACCUUAUAGCUGUGGUCAAUGUGGGAAAAGAUGUACAACAUCUGGCUCUUUGACUCUACACCAGAGAACACACACAGGAGAGAAAUCUCAUAGCUGUGAUCAGUGUGACAAGAGAUACUCUGAUAAAAGAUCUCUGAUCAAACAUCAGAAAAUACAUACAUGAAGGUGUUGUUUCGUGAUAUCAAUGAAAUUAUGUCACAAUAUAGAAUAUUUAAACAUUGUAGUAGGAGUAUUUUUAAGGAAUUUCACAAUGUAGAACACUAAACGUUUGCCUCAUUGAAUUGAUUUCAGCGUAAUAUGGAUAUUAGCCUCGGGGGAAAUCCAGGCUCUGAAUUGAAAGAGUACUAUUUAUGUGACUUAACAAAAAUUGAUUCACAAAAAAAGAGCUGUGUUACACUUAUCAUGUUGGUGACCCGCUUGAAUCAAAAUUCAACACUUCAAAAUGCAGCUAGCUGUUUUCUACAAAUUGUCCUCUAACCAGUGAUGUACACAUUAUUCCCAGAUUCCGUGUGGUUUUUGAGCUGUUAGUUUUAACAGGACAUGCAACCUCCUCCCUCCUCUCGGCACAAUUGAUUUCAACGUGAUAUCGAUGAGUGAUGACAAAUAAGUGUUGCGUUCCUUUGUUUAGCGACCCCUAAAUUGAAAUGCAUCACUCCAAAAUGUAGCUGACUGUCUUCGGCAGGUUGUCCUCUAACCAAUGAGCUA